AUGCAAAAACCCGAAGACAAAGAAGGAAGGGGUAAAAAGGAAGAUGGCAGGAGCGACGGAAAGCUUGCUCCUCAAAAUGGACUUCUUAUAGGUCUCACCCUCAUGGUCCCAAGUGCCUUAGUCCUCAUUGGCAUGUUUGUAUACGUAAAGCGCAAAACUCGCACUCUUCCUCUUCCUUGUUCCGAGACCAUCCGUCCGUCCCAGCUACCUGGACGGAAUCUUAGUGCGACAGAAGAGGUAGAAGAGGGAAAGCUCCCGGAGGAGAGAGACGCACCAUAUAAUCCCGGAUAUGUUCCCCUUCUAAAUGAGAGUACUGUUCAUUCUCAGAAUGAAUCCGCCUUCUCUACCUCUCAAUUCCCAUCCCUAAACAUUGUGAAAGAAAAGACACAAGGUGCAUGCGUCGUUCAGCCAGAUCAGAUAAAUUACUUUUUCCAAGAGAAAUACACGAUCUUUGAAGGGCCAUUCAAUAUUCCAUUGAGCUUUUUCUACUCCCUCGUAGGAUCCGUGAACACACGCUGGGAGGAGAUCGAAGAUCAGAGAGAAAAGCGUUCUCUCCACGAGGUAAUCAGUUACACCAUUGGAAAGAGCGCCUUUUUCCCCUACUGUUCACUUGGGUUCAACUACUGA